CUAUAUUAUCUCUAGAGAACGUGUGUUUAUGAUCUGAAUUAAUCAGGUUGUUUGAGACAGGAGGGAGAUUCCUCAUCUCAUGAGUGGAUCAUGACGCAUGGGUGACUAUAAUGUCCAGCGUCGCGGCUCUGAGUGGCUGUGUGUAUCGGGACAGGUGUGUUACCUGUGGCUGUGAAUGCUGGAAAGGGGCAGGGUUGUUUUCUUUCCAGUGUCGUUUCUUCCGGCACGGAUCACCAACAUGCCGAUGAAAUGAAUCGCAUUGUUUUAACUUUUUCACGACUAGACACGCAUUUGGAUGGUGGAGAGGUCGCGACAGUGGACCGAGCCGGUGAUUUCAUUCUACCGAUCGAUCUUGAACAGUUCGUGACGAUUUUUCAAUGAGUGAAGACACGCAAACCACUCCCUGAUCAUUGGACAUAGCAGCUCUUUUUGGUUGUAAUAGCGUUUAUUGAGCGCUACCGUGUGGAUCUGACGCAUUACCGAACCGGGCUGCAGUAUGUGCGAGACGGUGAUGGCCGUGUCCCAGCUGGACACCGAGCCUCAUCCACCGGAGAACGGCUUCGUCACACCCGAAACGAAUAAAUUGUCAGAUCUACUGUCGCACACCGACAGCAGAGUUUUGCCCAGUCUGGGCGGCUUUGGGAAAUUUCAGAAACAGCUGAUCGUCUUAACAUGGAUACCGGCCCUGUUCAUCGGCUUCAGCCAAUUUUCGGACAAUUUCCUUCUGUCGCAGCCGAGCUCGUGCGCACCAGUGAACGCGAACAACAGCGAGCCGUCAUCCCUUAUUUCGCACGCGUUAGUAAAUAAUGGAAGCAACGGCACCGACCGGUCAUCGCAGUGCAUCUGCAUGCAGUCAGGCUUUGAAUUGCAAAAUAACCUGGAGCAAAACGUUGUCACCAAGUGGAACCUGGUUUGUGACUCGGCCUGGAUCGUUCAUAUUGCCAAAUUCUCCCUGCUGGUGGGCUCCAUCUUUGGAUAUUUGGUGUUGGGAGUUCUGGCUGAUUGGUUUGGCCGUCACCCUGUCCUGAUCGUGUCCGUCUUCUUCAUGUUAGUAUUUGGCAUGACAGUGGCCUUCUCCGUCAACGUCCCAAUGUUCAGCACCCUGCGCUUCUUUGAGGGGUUUUGCUUAGCAGGGAUCACGCUCUCUCUCUAUGUUCUGAGGAUUGAGCUUUGUCUGCCAGGCUGGCGUUUCUCCAUGACCAUGGUGGCUAACUUUGUGGCGUUGGCUGGGCAGCUGCUCAUGCCUGGCCUGGCAGCUCUCUGUCGUGAUUGGCAGAUUCUGCAAGUGAUCAUAAUCUGCCCCCUGUUACUCAUGCUGUCCUAUAUCUGGAUUUUUCCAGAGUCUCUGCGCUGGCUGCUUGCUACUCGGCAGUACAGUCGCUCCAAAUGGAUCAUUGAACGCAUCGCGAAAAAGAAUAACGUCAAUCUAGAACAGGAUGCAGAAGAGCUGGUGGCAGAGCUAAACAGCGCCCUGCCAAAGCAAUCCAAGAAGACCUGCAUCGUGAAAAUGGUUGGCACGAGGAACCUGUGGAAGAAUAUCGUAGUGCUCUGCGUCAACUCACUAACAGGUUAUGGGAUCCAUCACUGCUUUGCACGCAGUAUGAUGGACCAGGAUAUGGAAACGACCACCAUGUUCCAUAAUUUCUAUGCUGACUACUACACCAUGGCGGGUAUUGCCGUGGCAUCCUGUGUGGCUUUGUGCCCUGCCGUGGGCGCUAUGGGUCGCCGUGGAGGACUCCUCAUGUUCAUGAUAAUCACCGCACUGGCAUCCCUCCUUCAGCUGGGCCUGCUCAACUUGUUGGGAAAAUACAGUGUUCAGCUGAAUAUCGAAAGCUCUGAUACACUGAAGUCCAAUUUCUCAGUGGCUUUCUCCAUCAUUGGCAUGUUCUCCUCCCACGCUGUUAGCAACCUAAGCAUCUUUUUUUGUGCUGAAAUCACUCCUACUGUUAUUAGAGGUGGUGGGCUAGGCCUAGUCCUGGCCAGUGCUGGGUUUGGCAUGCUGACAGCACCUAUCAUGGAGCUACAUAACCAGAAAGGCUAUUUUCUGCAUCAUGUCAUUUUUGCCUGCUGCACUCUUAUCUGCAUCAUAUGCAUCCUACUGUUGCCAGAAACUCACAACCAGUCACUACCAGAAACAUUUGCUGAUGGUGAAAAUUAUACACGUCAACCGCUAUUGCCACCUCGCAAGCCAGGCGAGCAGCGCCUUUUGCUGACCAAGUCUGAGAGCCAUGAAUAUGCCAGGGUGGGCGACACACCUCUGCAUGAAGCAGCUGUCACUGCUAUUUCCACUAUGGACUCUACAGCCUCGUCUGCUUACGAUCUACCAACACUCCUCAGCGCCCCUGUCAAGCAAGUGACUGGUCCGGUACAGCUACUUGGUAUGAAGACAUUGAGUUCUACCAAAGAGCAAGAUCAAAUCAAGCAAACCAUGGAUGAGUUUCCUACAUUUGUUACCACACUGGAAUCUUCUGCCCCAUCCAUAGAGGACCCUUUCCUCGCCUCUAUCCCAAACACCUCUACCCCAAUCACUAUUAAUUCUCUUCGGGCAUCUAAAAUAGAAUCUCCUCCAGAAGUUAUCUUAGAUGUACUGCCUUCUUCCACCAUUGACACUCCUCCUUUGAUCAACGAUCUGCUCCUGGAGUCUCCUACUUCUUCUUUUAUUGAUCAUUCCUUAGCCUCAACAAGUGAUCUCCGAACUCCCACACUUUUAGAUGUAGUUAUUCCUCCAAUCGUGGAAUCCCCUAUUCCAGUUGCCAGUGAUAGCAACUUCCAAGCUGAGAUGGACUCUACAGGUCCUCUUCUUGACUCCUCUUUGCCUCCACUUGUCACGGAGUCCAGCGUCCACCUCACAGUGGAAUCCCUAGAUACACCAGUAGAUGACAGCAUUCCUCUGUGUUCAAUGAAUGUUUCAGAUCCAUUAUCCCCCAUGACCGGGCAAUCCCCCAUUCACCCUUUAAAUGAAAUUCCUCCCCCUUCCUCAAUAGAUUCUCCUGUUUAUCUAGUCAAUGAAAUUCUACCCCCUUCCUCAACAGAAAUGCCAGUACUGCAAAUACUAGACUCAGAGUCCUCUACCCCAUCAAGUAAAGUUCAUGCUAUCCCACCUCAGUCCUUGUCUUCUCCUUUAGAUUCUGGCACGCCAUUAUUGCACUUAGUUGCUCCCUCUGCGAUGGACUUUAUAGAAUCUGGCCCUCCUUCAUCAGCUGUACUGGAGUCUUCAGCUACCUCAAGUAACGGUGCUGCCCUCCAGUCCACUGCAGACUUAAAUGCACCACAUGCUACAAGCACAGACUCUGUUACAGAACAUGGCCACCCCGUUAUGGCAGACCUGACCGUUUCCUCACCAAUUGACUUGGGUUUACCUCCACCCAUGGAAAUUACCAUCACAGAAACCAGCACUGCCAGUGGGGUGUUACCUUCAUGAUGGACAUAUUCACUCUACAACUUGGUGAGCAGCCUUACAAGAAACAGUUCUUGUCACUUAAGGAGGACUAAUACAGUUUCAAUGUCUGAAGUAUUUUUUGCUUUCCAGGAGCCAUGACCCAGGAAAGGAUUUGGCUCUUAAGGGUACAACCAUAGACUGUUGCCCAAAGGGUCUUUACUGUCCCGAUUUCCAUGUCUUAAUCAGCCCUACUUCACUGGUGCCAGUAUCUGCUUUUUGGGCAGCUAGAUUCAAAACUUCAGGUGUUAUCAUUGAGCUUCUAUUAUUAAAAACAUUAAGGCCACUAGUGACAGGUUCCCACUUGAGUAACACUGGAAUUCCCUAGUCUAGUGUUUAGACUUAUAUAUGCAUGUUUGAUAGCAAUUGAAAUCAAUGAUGCAUCAAAAGUAGUCAGACAUAAAUAGCGCUCAGUCAUUUUCUCAAGUCUGUGACAGGAGUGUAGACACACUGACUACAGUUCUAUCUAGAAAGAGCACUAUGCCAAAUGUAAAGAGAUAUUCACUUAACAUAGGGAAAUCCUCAAUAACACAAAACUGUACAUUAGAUGAUAGUAAUGUUGGGUAGUGGGUCUUGAAGUGGAAGACAAAAUCCUCUUCAAAAUAAGAGGUUUCUUCUAAUUUUGUGUUCUAAACUAACCACAUAUGUCUUUCCAAAAUCUGACAAACCUGUUUUAAAAUAGAUGCUACAAAGAUACUGCUCAGAAUGGUAUACCUUGGUUCAUCAGAGCUAAUCUCCUGGAUCUGGUGAAAAAUGUAAUUUUGAGGAACACAGAAUAUACUCAUAAUAGGUAAAGAACUAUUUUUCAUGACUGUCUAAGUGACCCACAACACACUCAAUCAAGUGUAUGCAACAGACUUAUUGUGAAUGUGAAAACAUUGGUGAAAUUUUGUAAUUUAUGCUGUAGUGGCACGAAAGUGGUGCUUUACAUAAAAAGGAAAAAAAGGAAAAGAAAAUGUAAUUUUGUCCCAAUGGUAUUUUGAACCGUUGUUACCAUAUGUGUGAAUGUAUGUGGCACUUUAUCUUUAACAAUGACAACAAAGCAUGUAAAAAUCAAAAACAAAACUUGUAAACACAUCAAAGUAAUAAGAACAAAUAUGAAUUUGA